AUGUUGACUCGUCUACUGCAGACGCGAAUGGCAGCUCGCACUACCGUGAACGCCACUUGCUUUUUUAUGGCUCAUACACAAUCCCUUAAGCACAAACAAUCCUUUCCUUAUUACUUGCCUAUUGCCCACUUAUCCGUUAACCACUCGUUAGCCAGCUUUACUGCCAUUGGUCUAUGUGAGCACCCAGUGGAAUCGAUUUUCGGACCGGUAAUGCAAAUCACCAAAUUCCAGUCAAUGGACGAAGUAAUUCAACGCGCGAACUUUUCUGAGUACGGGUUGGCAGCAGGCAUAGUCACUCGAGAUUUGGAGAGGGCGAUGCACGCGAUGCAAAGACUUCGAGCUGGAACUGUAUGGAUCAAUUGCUACGAUGUGUUCGACGCAGCCGCUCCCUUCGGUGGAUACAAGUGGUCUGGUGUUGGUCGUGAAUUGGGAGAAUAUGGCUUGGAGGCCUACACUGAGAAGAAGACG